UCAGUCCCAUCCCGCCGCCGCCAGCAUCUCCCACCUCGGGAUCCCUCCAGAUCCACCCUCUCUCCCUCGAUUUCCCGAUCGGGCCAACCACCUCCUUCCCUCGAUCCACCCAAUCCCGCAACCGAGGCCCGAGCUCCUCUCGCUCGAUCCCUCCUCGAGCAUCUGCCUCUGCCCGAGCUGCUACCGCAGCUCCCCAUCACCCUCGACCCCGCCUCGUCGGCCGGUCGACAACGGCGACCGGAUCAACGCCGGAGAUGAGUGCCCUGACAGCCCCGCUCGUUUUCCCCUCCUGCUUCUCUACCUCUCUGUCUCACGAUCUUCCCCUCCCUCUCUCUGUUUUCGCUCACAGGAGACCGCCAUGGUGCCGCUGUAGUUCUUCUGCAGUUGGAUGCAGCAGCGCUGCAUCGAGCGCACGCCCGCGCCGCCGCUGCCGUGUCUGCCACCCUCCGCCUCCAGCCGUCCCCGACGCCAUGCGCCUCGUCCGCCUUGCCGGGUUCUUCGCCAGUCCCUCGUCCCGCUCGUCUCCGACACCAGCGCCGUCCGCCCCGGCAACCUCGACGUCGAGCUCCAGUUGGAACUGCUUCGCGCGCCCCUGUACCCGCGAGCGUCUGAGGCUGCGCCCUCCUCCUCGUCCAGCCCCUCCCCGUCGCCUGCAUCUCCUCCGGCAACGCCGCCGUGCCCGCACGCCUAUGGCAAAGCUCCGGGAGCUCCGAUGCCCUGGAGAUCCGCGCCCCCGCCGGACCUCCUUCCUCCGCAUCCGGCCACGCCGGCGGCAAGCCCUGCCUCCGCUGCCUCACCAAGUUUCGCCGCCUGAACCUCCCUGCAUCGCCAUGGCCGCCGGCCUCUGUUUUCCCCGCUCUUCGGUUUCGUUCCGGAGUUGUGAGGAUUCGUUCGACUACAUCCGUUUGUCUUCUUCAUGGACUCGCUCUUCUUCCUAGCGGGAUCUCAGGCAAGAUGACCAUGCCCUCGAAAGCACUUCUAUCUUUGCUUGCUAGUUGUUCGCUUUAUCGCUAUGUUGCACUACCUACCACUUUUUAUAUCAUGCCUCCCAUAUUGCCAUGUCAAGCCUCUAACGCACCUUUCCUAGCAAACCGUUGUUUGGCUAUGUUA